CGGGGCGGCCGCGGGCUGCAGGGAGCCAUGAGGGCGGCCAGCGGAGCCCUGGGCAUGGACAGCGCCGGGCGGACCAGGGAGGCCUACGUGGAGUACCUGAGGAGCAUCACCCUCAUCGCCCAGGCCCUGCAGGAGGAGGCGGCAGGGACAGAGAGCAGCGAGGGGGUCACCCCGGACACCCCGAAACUGCUGAAGCUGGCGGAGCAGUGCCUGGAGAGGGUCAAGUCCAUCGCAGCGGCGCUGGGUGAGUCGGGCGGGGGUCCCGCCGUGGGGAGCCGGGUGCCCCCGCAGGGCCCGGCUGGGCGUGGGGCACAGCCGGCCUGUCCUGCCCCCUCCCCAGGGAAAGCCCCGGUGAAAGCGGCUGCACAGGAGCGGGGUGGGGGCCCCGCGCCCCUCCCCAGGCACCGCCGCGUCUGCUCGGACGAGGGGGGCAAGCUGUCACCGUUCCUGCCCCCGGAGAUCUUCCAGAAGCUGCAGAUCGCUGAGGCACAGAGCGCGCGGAAGGAGCUGACCCCGCUGGAGGAGGCCUCCCUGCAGAACCAGAAGCUGAAGGCGGCCUACGAGGCGCGGGUGGCACGGCUGAACCCAAACCAGGCCGUGCAGAAAACAUCCCUGACGCUGUCCCUGCAGCGGCAGAUGAUGGAGAACCUGGUGAUCGCCAAGGCCCGAGAGGAGACUCUGCAGCGCAAGAUGGAAGAGCGGCGGCUGCGGCUGCAGGAGGCGGCCAACCGGAGGUUCUCCAGCAGCGUGGCACUCACCCCUGAGGAGCAGGAGCAGCGAGCACUCUACGCUGCCAUCCUCGAGUAUGAGCAGGACCAUGACUGGCCAAGGCAGUGGAAGGCGCAGCUGAAGCGGAGCCCGGCGGAUCUCUCAGUGGUGUCAGGGCUCUUCUCCUGCCUCCUGAGCUGCCCCGAGCACCCCAUCACGCAGCUGCUGCGGCGGCUGCAGUGCGCGGUGUACGCCCGGCUCUACCCCGCCGUCAGCCGCGGCCCCGCCGACGCCUCCCCGGCCUCCCCCUCGGCGCUGUCCUUCCUCUCGCUGGACGCGGGGGGCUCCUCGCUGCCCGCCGAGCCGGGGGGCCGCCGGCUCCGGGCGUCCCGCAGCCUGCACUGCAUGUUCUCGGUGCCCGAGCACGGCCCGGCGCUGCGCCACAGCCAGUCCAGCACGCCCCUGGCCGACAGCGGCGCCCCGGGGCCCGCCGAGCCCCCCGAGCCCCCCCGGGAGAGCUCCUUCGAGGACCUGGAGCGGUUCCUGGCGUCCCCCGAGGGCUGGGCCCCCGCAGAGCCCCCGGCCAGCUCCGGGCAGGACGCGGCGCUGCCGGAGCUGCUGAAGGGCGUCGUGAGGGACAUCCACAACGCCAUCGACAGGCUGCUGGCUCUGACUCUGCUGGCCUUCGAGGGGCUCGGCACUGCCGCCGGCAAGGACCAGUGCCUGGCCUGCCUGGAGGAGGCUUUCUUCCCCCCGCUGUGGGCCCCGCUGCUGGCCCUCUACAGGAGCGUGCAGCAGCCGCGCGAGGCGGCCCUGGCGCGCAGCAUGGAGCGGCACCGGCACGCCGGCCCCGCCGACGUGGGGCUGGCCUCGCGCCUCUUCCCGGCCGGGCCCGGCCGCCCCGCGUACGCCUCGGCCGUGCAGGACCUGCGCCUCAUCCCGCUGGAGAGCUGUCCCCGCAGGAAGCUGGAGUGCAUCGUGCGGGCCCUGCGCGGCAUCUGCGAGUGCGCCGAGGAGUACUGCGGCACGCGGGACGCCCGGAGCCUCGCCACGGCCGCCAUACGACCUGCUGCCCAUCCUGUCCUACGUGGUGCUGCAGACGGGGCUGCCCCAGCUGCUCUCCGAGUGUGCAGCCCUGGAGGAGUUCAUCCACGAGGGGUACCUGAUCGGGGAGGAGGGGUACUGCCUGACGUCCCUGCAGAGCGCCCUGUCCUACGUGGAGUCGCUGCAGUGAGGAGGGGGCGGCGCGGGACCCCCGCACCCCCGGGCAGGAUGUGUGCAGGCUCGGCGCCGCGGCAGGAGCCCCGGCAGGACUACGGGCAGGAAUUCCGGCAGGAGUUCUACCAGGAGUACCGGCGCUCUCUGGAGCGGGAGCUGGGCCCCGCCGGGAGCUGCCCCGGCCCCGCCGUGGCGGAGCGGCUGCGGCAGCGGCUGCAGCAGGAGCCGGCGCUGCUGGAGGCCCUGCAGGAGGACGCCCUGGCACUGCUGGCCCGGGGGCUGCGGGACCACCCCGACCCCGGGCUGGCGCUGCGAGGCCUGGCCAGCGCCUUCCGGCUGCUGGAGCUGGCUGCCGUCAACCUCUACCUCUUCCCGUGGCGCCGGGAGUUCGGCACCAUCCCGGUGAGGCCCUGGGGCGGCGUGGGGACGGUGUGGGGGUACCCAGACACCUCCAGCCACGCUCCCCGCUCUCCUUGCAGACCUUCUCCGGCGCCUACGUGCACCUGCUGCGCCCGGCGCUCCCCGAAGCCGACCUGGAGCGGAGUUUGGGCCGGCUGGGCUACGAGCGGCGGGACCGGCACCGCCUGGCCAUGGAGCGGCGGCCCCCGGGGCCUGCGCUGGUCGCUGCUGCUGUUGGCUUCCUGGCCUGCCGCCUGGAGUGUGAGAUCCUGGCAGAGCUGGCGCCGCGCCUGCGGUGCCCCCGCACCGAGGAGCUGCUGGAGGCGCGGCAUCGGGCCGGGGGUGCCCAGGGGUGCCUGGAGGUGCUGCAGGACCCGGGGACGCGGCCCGGGGCGGCUGCUGGCUGCGGUGACGGCGUGGAUCUCUACCGGGAGAGGCCUGACAGCCCUGAGGGCACGGGGAGCAAGGACACAGCCCCCCCAGCGCUGUGGAGGGACCCUCAGGAUGUGCCCAGGAGGGGCUGGGGACGCUGCGACAGCACGCUUGGGCCAGAGCCCGUGGGCAGCGCUGAGCCGGACACCUCCUCUCGCCUCCUCCCGGAGCCCCGGGCUUGCACCCAGGCCCCGCCAGAGCUGCCCUGCUACCAGCUGCACUCGUGCCUGCAGCGGGGCAUGCUGCCCUCGUACUGCUGCAGCACGUGCCGGCAGCUGCACGGCGGCGGCUGCGCCCUGGGCCGCGCCUGCCGCAGCCGGCACCGCGGGCAGGAGCUGCGCGGGGAGCGGCAGCAGCGCCUCUGGCUGCAGCGCAGCGAGCUGGACAUGCUGCUGGCCAAGGGGCCUGCGCCCCGCUGCUGACACGGCUCUGCUGCCCCCGCGGGGGGCACGGCUGCUGCUUGGCACAAGGACCCGGACUUGUCAGCCCUGAGACAGCGGUGCCAGGCCCUGCCCAGCCCAGGCACUGCUGCUGUAAAUUAUUCAGUGCAUCAGUAAAGUGGCUGUCUCAGCC